UAACACGGAACUUUUUGCGACAGCGUGUAAACCGUCGCAAAAAGUGGUCUUUUGCGACGGCAUAUGAAGCCGUCUCAAAUAAUGUUUUUUGCGACGGUAGUUUCCUCGUCGCUAAUAAGCACAGAACAAAAAGCCACUUAGAUACGGAAGUAUUAGCGACGACACUGUGUACCGUCGCAAAAAAUAUUUUUUUGAGACGGGUAAAAUUUACCGUCGCAAAUAGUGGACAAUUGUGACGGGAAUGCUCUGUCGCAAAAAAGAACCCUUAAUAAAACGGCGUCGUUUUAUAAAUGAAUUUGAUCGUUUGUGACGGUUUUGCCACGCCGUCGCAAAUAGUCUGAAAUUUCAUCUCUCUCCUUCAGCUGAAAUGGCGCUCGAUUAAAUUCCCUAAAAUCCCCAAAAUCCCUAACACCUUUCUCCCUCAAAACCCCCAAAAUCCCUAACACCAUUCUCCCUCAAAACCCCCCAAAUCCCUAAAUCCCCAGAGACGAGUUCGACGACGAUCUCUCUCCGUCUCUCGAUGAGCGACGAUGGUGACGGCUAGUGGUGUUCGUGUUCACCGACGAUCACAGCGACGACGGCGAGUGUUCACCGACGAUAUCUCUCUCGACGAGUGACGACGGCUAGAGGUGAUGCGGUGACGGCAUGUUACGAUCUCUCUCUCUGAGCUCAGUCAGUACGUAUGCUCUCUCUCUCUCUUUCGGAGCAAAGUUGGAGCUCUGUCAAUGGCAGUUUCAUCGUCUCCUCAACCUUCAUUUCUCUCUUCUCUCCGCCUCAACAACACAACCACUGCCAACCUAAGUUGUUCGUCUUCCCCCAAUCUUUCCUUUAUUGUUGACGUUCCAACCAAAACCACCAAUCCACGACGACCACCACAAUCGAUUGUCGUCUACUCUUCCAAAUCAAAUAAUGGGCUCUCGAGUGAUCAGAAGAAAGAGUUUCUCGAAUGAUACGGUCUUAAUCCCGACGACUUCCUAUCAAAACCUUCUCCUAAGACAAGGAGAAAGGAACUGCGAAAGACAGGGAGGGGAAAACAGGUCCCACUGGAGGAACCUAAGCCGCCAAGGGAGACUCAUAAACUGCCCUUAACUGCUUGUUGAUUAAAUGAAUAUUAACUUCCUUAUUCUGGUUUCUACAAUUAUUAUUUUUCUAAGGAGCACAAACACUAAUUAAAAAAAACAAAAAUAAAAGUAACAAUCCAAAUUAAGCCAAUAUAUUUCAUUUUAUUAUUUCAUAUGUAUGGCAUAGUUAAUAUAAAUGUUCAAUGUUUGUUGAAAGGUUGCUUUGUGACUCAACAUUGGAAGAGUUUUUGGGGGAUUUGGCAUUGGGAUUCAUUGUUUUGCGAUACCAACAGACACUUGCAUAUAUCGGUGAAAUCACUCCCAAGAAUAGUCGAGGAGCAUUUACAGCAGUUAAUCAGUUAAUGUUAACCUGUGGCUUGUCACUAGUGUAUUUCGUUGGCAAUGUCGUUACUUGGCGCACCUUGGCUAUAAUUGGAACUAUACCAAGCCUAGCAGAGGUUAUUGGUCUAUUCUUCAUACCAGAGUCUCCAAGAUGGUUGGUAAAGGUUGGAAAACAAAAGGAAUUAGAAGCAAGUCUACGACGCCUUAGGGGACAAAAUGUUGAUAUUUCUCAAGGAGCAGCUGAAAUCAGAGAUUUCAUUUUCUUCCCCCAAGAAAUGAGACAAAUCCUGUUAUUGUCACAAGAUUACCUGGAACUAGCUCAGCAGCUCCCAAAAUCUAGUUUUAUCGACAUGUUUCUGUGGAAAUAUGCUCAUUCGUUAACUAUUGGAGUUGGUAUAGUGUUACUGGCAAUUUUGGAGGGACGGUUGCAAUUUCCUACUAUGCAAGUUCGAUUUUUGAGUCUGCUGGUUGCUCGGCUACCCUUGGCACUACAGUACUGGCUAUUAUUCAGAUUCCAUUUUCCAUUUUGGGUGUAGCCUUAAUGGAUAAAUCCGGGCGACGACCACUAUGGAUGAUUUCCGCAGCAGGAACAUGCGUGGGAAAUAUUCUUGUAGGAUUGAGAUUCCUCUUGAAGGAUUUUGAUCAAAAAAAGGAGAUAACAGAUGUAUUGGUGUUGGCUGGGAUACUGGUAAUGAUUUAAUUCAAACAUAGCUUUUCCCACUUUUCUUAUCAUGUAUGAAUGGAAAAAUAGCUAAAAAGUAAAUAUUUUGAUGUUUUGUUUGUAAUAUUCUCUCGUCCUGAUAUUCUCUCCCCAUAAUAAUACAAUUUAAACGAUUGUAUGCAAUUUAAUUCAAACAUAGCUUUUCCCACUUUUCUUCUCAGGUGUAUGGUUUAUAUAAAUAAAACAGAUAACUGUUUAUAGUGUUGGUAACGAUGUUCGGCUGAUUGGCUAGCUGGUAAAUUAAUGCUGAACUCAUAUAGGAUGGAGUAGUUUCAUGAUAUAGUUGAAAAGAUGCGUUUGACUUGAGUUUUGGCAAUGAGAUUUUUUGAUGAGUUGUUUGGUUUUAGUUUCUUUUGCUGUUUUGAUUUCACGUUUCUCUUUUUGGUUUGCACUGAAAUACAGGCUCUGCAUACUGUCAGGUGCAUUUUGUCGAGAUGGAUCCUUGGGUUGUUUCAGAUGGACUAAUUUGCUUUUUGUUUUGAGCUUUUGGAACUUGGUGUCAUAGUCUUUUACAAAAUCCAGAUUACAUUUUACUCUUAAUUUAUAUAUUUGGAAGUUGAUUAGGAAUACUGAAUGCAUUUUACUUGUGCAUUGAUGAUGAUGAUGACUUGUUCAAUGAUCCCUCUGAAUGAAAUUCCUGGUUAUAUACACCACUGUUAGCUACAAUGUAUUAUUAUGUUACCAUCAUAGGCUAUACUACUAGCUCAUCUGAGAUAUUAUUCAUGUGAGUAGGUUGAUCCAAUUGCUAAACUAGACCAGGAUUAAUACAAGCAGCUACUUGAGUGCAGUGAUGGUCUGAUUUUUGUCUUUCCAACACACCAAAAAAAAAGUAAAACAAAAAACAAUGUUGAGUUCAUUCUUUGUAAAGGGUACUCUGAAGCAGAACAGUCAUCAUCUUCCACGAUUCAAUCAAUGGAGAGCGCUGUAUAGUAGAAAUAAGAAGGCAAUGGAGUUAAUAGCAAAGGUUGGAGUGCCUUGAAGGAAGUUGAUAGAGUCAUUGAUUAUGCAGAACUUAAGGACAAACGUCUUAUCCCUCUCCUCCGGAUAUUUCCUGAGUAGCAGUUUGCUUCUUGUGGAAUGCGAGCGUGUAAAGAUUAUGACCA